CACCCGUACACGGCCCCAUCACGAGAAUUCAUUUCUGGCAUGACCUUUGCGUCUGAUUCAAUGAAGCUAGUGGCAACAAGUGGAGACGGUACCCUGUCUGUCUGUAAUCUCAGAACAAGUAAGGUCCAAUCUCAGUCUGAAUUUUCUGAAGACGAACUACUUUCUGUUGUUAUAAUGAAGAAUGGCCGUAAAGUUAUUUGUGGAACUCAGAAUGGUACUCUCUUGUUGUAUUCAUGGGGAUUUUUCAAGGAUUGCAGCGAUCGGUUUGUUGAUCUAGCUCCAAAUUCAGUUGAUACUCUAUUGAAGCUCGAUGAGGACAGACUUAUCACUGGGUGUGAUAAUGGAAUACUUAGCCUUGUUGGAAUACUGCCCAACAGAAUCAUACAGCCAAUUGGGGCACACGACUACCCUAUCGAAGAUCUCGCUCUCUCGCAUGAUAACAAAUUUCUCGGUAGCACAGCUCAUGACAGUAUGCUGAAGCUGUGGAACCUAGAAGAGAUUCUAGAAGGUUCUAAUGGCAACUCGGGGAAUGCAUCUGGAGCUGCAGGAGACAGUGACAGUGACAAGGAUGGGAUGGACCUUGACAAUGAUUCUCACAAGUCUUCCAAAGGCAGCAAGAGGAAAACAAAAAGUAAACCGAAUACGCUCAACUCUACUAAUAAUUUCUUUGCAGACUUAUAGAUUUUGUUUCAGUUUCAGUCUGGAUAGUACUAUAUCAGUUUCAUACUUGAAUUGUCUUUUUGAUUCUGACAGUUUUGUUGAAAAUUUUGGUUUUUAGUAAGAUGGGGUUUUGCAAAAUAUCUAGCAAAACAAAAUCAA